CCUACGAAUCCAUUUCUGAAGCUCUCUCUCUCUCUCUCUCUCUCUCUCUCUCUCUCUGUUUCUUCACCGUGUCGAUAAUUUUAUUUUCCAAUUUCAAUCAAAUUCUCGCUGCGAAUCAAAGACAGACACGAACCGGACUUGAAUUUUUGGGAUCCAGUUUUUCAAAGCUACGAAUUUGACCCCUCCUUUCUGGUAGCUUGACAUGUAUAUAGUGUGAAUGAGUAUUUGUUAGAUUUAUGAAGCAAUAUUAAUAUGGAAGAAGAAGAAGAACCAAAAAAAGUCAUGGAAGUUUCUGAGAAGGAUCCAGAUAGUCAUGAAGUAACCAGUGGUGUACAGGAUAGUGUAGGAUCUUCUUACCAUGAAAAUAGCGAUACUACCAAUGGAAUUGGUGCAGAGAUUGAAGAUAAAAAUGUAGGUUUUCUAGGAGUUGAUUAUGUGACUACAGUUGUGGAUGAAGAACAGUUUGAGCACGUAUCUUUGAAAGAUCAAGAGAAGUUGGCUGGUGAAUCUCAAGGUGGUAAUCUGGAUUCAAAGUACUCUCCAAAUUCAGAUCAUGUAAGACACUCAUCCGAUCAGUUUGAAGAUGCUUCUCAAUUAUCUGGCACAUUUGGGGCAGAAAUUGAUUCUUCUGCAGUUGCUGAGAUGAAGCAUGAUCACCCUCUAUCAGGCCCUGGGCAGGUCAUACCAUCAAGCAAUCCUCCUUGUCGACCAGUCUUGAUUCUGCUGCAUAUUCUCCCAUUGGUUCACCACCAAAGCCUAGGCCAAAAGCUGUUAUGCCGAAUGUGUCUCCAGAGUUGUUGCAUUUAGUGGAUUCUGCAAUUAUCGGGAAGCCUGAAAGUUUGGACAAACUAAAGAAUAUUGUGAGUGGUGAGGAUAAUUUUGGAAGUGGGGAUGAAAUGGACAGCGUUGCAUUCUUGGUAGUUGAUUCACUUCUUGCGACAAUGGGUGGUGUUGAAAGUUUUGAAGAGGAUGAGGAUAACAAUCCUCCUAGUGUUAUGCUAAACUCCCGGGCUGCCAUAGUGGCGGGCGAGCUUAUUCGUUGGCUUCCAUGGGUAGGUGAUACUGAGGUUAUCUUGUCACCUAGGACACGUAUGGUUAGGGGAUUGCUUGCUAUAUUACGAGCUUGCACAAGAAAUAGAGCAAUGUGCUCAUUGGCUGGUUUGUUAGGAGCUCUUUUAAACUCGGCAGAGAAGAUUUUUGUUCAGGAAGUUGGUUCGACAGAGCAAAUGAGAUGGGAUGGAACUCCUUUAUGCUACUGCAUCCAAUACUUAGCUGGGCAUUCACUCAGUGUUGUUGAUUUGCAUAGAUGGUUUCAAGUCAUUACAAGAACGCUUACCACUGUAUAGGCUACUCGCUUAAUGCUUGCCUUGGAGAAAGCAAUGCGUGGAAAGGAGUCAAAGGGACCAGCACGUACAUUUGAGUUUGAUGGUGAAAGCUCCGGUUUGCUUGGGCCCGGUGAGAGUCGUUGGCCAUUUACUAAUGGUUAUGCAUUUGCAACGUGGAUCUAUAUGAGACAAUAUUUGUCCUCGGGGGAUUUCAAGAACCCCAAAUUUUUUUAAAA